GUCUGACGUUUGAAGUAAUUUCUGGCUUUUUAGUGAUGGAUACGGCCUAAAAAGUAGCAGUGAAUCUUCUAAGACAUUAAGGAUCACUUUGAAAAGAUUGUUACACUUUACGGAAUCACGAUGGAAGAUGAUGAAGAUGUCCAUUUCUGCAUCCGAUGCAAGGAAUCUUUUGUAGGCAUUGAUAAUUAUGUAAAUCACAGAAAACAACCGUGCAAAAAAAUUCAGCAUGAUAAAGGAAAGAGAAAGACAAAUUACGAUAGUGAAUUUACUCGCGAAAGCUCGACUAGAAAUGCUGACGUUACGUUACAAAAUUGGAAUGAAGGUGAGAACAUCAGGCAACGUAGAACUUCGGAGGCAUUAGGUCCGUUCAUGACAUCGAGUAACGUUUUAGAAACCGACAAGGAUCAGGUCACAAGAUGCAAUGAUUUCGGCCCCGAAUCCAAGUCCGGUGACGAUGGUGGAGAACCCAGCGAAUCUAACAGUCAUCCAAAUUUCUCUGGACACUCAAAAAACUACAGGAAAGAAGAAAAAGAAGACGUUCUUAGUAAUUCAAUCAUGCCUGCUUCGUCCGAUCAUUUUACGAGGUUCGAAGACCCGCUUUUCACGAACGAUGCCGCUGUUUCGUCGUUCUUUAAGUCUUUCGAUUCCUUCGUCGAUGGGAGGUUUCAAGGAUUGAGUGACCAUCAAAUGCUUUUCCCUUCCAAAGAAAGUACCGAAAACUUCGAGUCUACAAGCCAAGACCUCGAGCAAAGGUACUCGGAUUUGUACAAUAAUUUUGGUAGCCAGAGCUCGCAGGACAUUGACCAGCACGCGAAAGGACCCAACCAACGACAGUCCGCAAACCGGACAUCCAAAGAUUCCUCCGAUCAUGACACCAUGAAAACCUUGGGUAUCCAAGAGGUGUCUUCCGUUCCAGGACUGCACGUCGAUCUCAAGCAGGAUGAUUUUCUAUCAUCUUUGGAUCUCAGCAGCGUCAAACUUCUGCACGAGAAACGAAAGUACAGUUUUGAUGACGGAGAAGAUGAUGAGGAAGAAUACGAUAAUCAGCCACCCAGCCAUCACACUGGUGGGAAAUGGCGACCCGGUAUGAUGCCUCCGCCUUCCACUGUUGCUGGCAAGUGGAGACCUUUCUCACCCAAUAUCCCCGAGAAGAACGACUACGAUGCUGACGAAGGCGAUUCAAAUUUCACAAAUGCUGUUGGUCCUGUAAAAAUUACGCCCAGAGAUAAGCCGCGUGUUCGUACCAAAGGCAAAUGGCUGCCAGGAAAACGUCCACACGGCUCUCGUGGCACCCAGUCCUUUAGGUGUGACUUGUGUGAAAGUCGAUUUUCUACGAAGUCCUCAUACAAACGUCAUAUGAACAUUCAUGAACUCGCAGAUCAAAACAAGAAAUUGGAAUCAAUUUCAGGAUCGAAUAGGCCUUCCAGAGCAAAGAAACUCAAGGCUCAAACACUCAUGAAGACCACAAUCGACAACUGGAAAAGGAAGAAACCUCUAGCCUCUGAUGAACCAUCAGCCUCUGUAGCAAAAACGCCUGAAAAAUAUGAAGAUAGCUUGGAUUUUGAAUUUCCGAAACAGUUAUCUAACAAAGAUGAAAGAAUCAACACCGAAUUGGUACGCCAAUGCCGGAAACAGGAGAAGAUGAGCUGCCCGGCCUGUCGUCUCUCGUUUAGUGUUGCGUAUCUUGCCAACCAUUUUGCUUCUCUCGCACAUAUCCACAACGAAUUGGAGUACAAGCGUAGUUUGGACAAGGGAUCUGCCAAUGAGCAGGACCAAAUAGUGUUGAAUAAUAUAGAAACUUUGAUUACCACGUGCCAUUUUCAUUGUGAGAGAUGCAAAUUCUCCUGCAACUCCAUGAAAGAUCUUGCAUAUCAUAUUUCUCACCAUGAAGUUUUGUCGGGUUCCAUCAACCAAUUUCAAACUAAAUUUUCAUGCUCCGCAUGUCCUGAUGAUGGUCACAUGGCUCAUACCGAACUUUUACAUCACAUUAUCACCCUAUCUCACGACAUGGCCUGCAACGAUAAGAUAUUGAAUGCUCAAAAAGUAGUCAUAUCCACUCACCAUUCAAUCACCUGUUCAAAGUGUGACAAAUUUUUCAAGUUAUACAGGCAGUAUGAGGACCACAGACGGAAACAACAUAAUCAAUCCACGUUUAAACUCUCAACUCGCACGCCACGGCUUUGCCCGAUGUGUUCAUUUCAAGGUAAUUCUUGCAAACAAGUGAGGCAGCAUAUCAGGAGCACCCAUGACACCAUGCCACACUUUGUCUGCUAUCUCUGCGGCACAAUGCAUCAAACCAACGAAGAAGCUAAAAUCCACAGAUUCUCUCGAGGUCAUCGCCUGAAAGCUGGCAGAGAAGAAAAUGGUGCUAAACACUGCAGGUUUUGUUACUUAACUUACCCUUCACUACAAUCACUUCGCGAGCAUUUAAGAAGCGAACACCUCAACCACCUCACUCCAUGCGUAAAAUGUGGCUUUAUCCCUAUACUGCAAAACGACGCCCGAACUCACCAGAAACACUGCAGGGGAGAAAUAUUGGAAGAUUGUCGAGGUUUCGCUCAUCGCUGCGAGUUGUGUCCAUUCAGCAGCCCUUUGUCUGCUCAUGUUCUGCUCCAUACAACAAUCGUCCAUGGCAAGCCUCUUGAUGUGGAGGACAACUUCACCUGCCACAUCUGCCAGAGACAGUUAAAAAGCUCGUCUCUGAGCCGGCAUAUGAUGUUUCACACCAAAGAGUUCCCAAAUCGAUGCAAUUUAUGCUGCCGAAGUUUCCUGCACAAAAUCUGGCUAUCUCGACAUUUGGAUGUCGCCCACCAAGGCUUGAGCGUCAACAAGGAUAGGCUCCUUUGCCAGCACUGCGGACUAACAUUCUCUUCCAGAACGUUGCUCACUCAGCACCUUAGCAGCUGCAGUUCUAAUCCAGCUCGCGCGCAGCAGCUGCGUAAGCGCGUGCUGACGCGCACGAGUCAGCGCUUCUUGAAGGACUCUGACACUCUGUCAGCUGAUGUCGUCGGUCACGUCUGUGAACUGUGUGGUGAACAGUGUCAGACUCUGUCAGCUCUGGUGCCCGCACUGCGCGUAUACUGCCAACAAUCAGGUGAUAGCAGGUGCCCGCACUGCGCGUAUACUGCCAACAAUCAGGAAAAUUUGCGCCGGCACAUGAAGACCAAAAAGCAUCCAGGACGUUUCUUGUACGAAUGCAAAUUUUGUGAACAAAUCCCGGACCGCGCGAGCAAUCAACCUGUCAUCACUUCUACUGGAACAUCGACUGCAUCUACUGGGCCAUCAUCUGCUUCUACUGGGAAAUCGUCUGCGUCUACUGGGCCAUCGUCUGCUUCUACUGGGAAAUCGUCUGCGUCUACUGGAUCAUCGCCUGCUUGUACAGAAACAUCGUCUGCAUCUACUGGACCAACGUCUGCAUCUACCGUACCAUCGUCUGCUUCUACUGGAACAUCGCACGAAGCUACUGGAAAAUCUUCAGCUUCUACUGGACAAUCGUCUGAUUCCGCUGGACCAUCGUCUGCUUCUACUGGAACAUCGCACAUUCCCAAGGAAAUUAAAAUAUUUAAGACUGACUUGGCUGUGGAGUUUAAGCGACAUCUUCAAGAGGAGCAUUUGCAUCACUUCGACCAUUUGGAUGAGAUAACGCGUCACGUGCGAAGCUACUACCAGCCCGAAGAAGACUUACUCUCUUGUUGGGAGACCGAGGCAACCAUACAGGACGAGGACGAGCUCGUCGAUUCAUACAAAAAGAACAAGAAACGAGCUUCUUCGAGGAAGUCGAAUCCCAAAAUUCAUACCCUGACAGACACAGCGAAACAGAAAACUAAGCAACAUGUCAAGCCGAAAUCAAAGAGCGCAAAACUUUUGACUGCAUCCAAAGAUCCAAAAUGUAAAGUUUCUACCGGCAACGACGAAAUGAAGCAACCUCCUUCUCUGAAGGAAAAAUUCAUUAAUGUAAAAGUAGAGAAUGCAACAACUUUAGCUACCGUUCUUAAAACUGACCGAUACGAAGGCUCGUCCAAGAUACUCAUCCAGAUACUCAUCCAGAUACUCAUCCAGAUACUCAUCCAGAUACUCAUCCAGAUACUCAUCCAGAUACUCAUCCAGACACUCAUCCAGAUACUCAUCCAGAUACCCAUCCAGAUACUCAUCCAGAUACUCAUCCAGAUACUCAUCCAGAUACUCAUCCAGAUAUUCAUCCAGAUACUCAUCCAGAUACUCAUCCAGAUACUCAUCCAGAUACUCAACCAGAUACUCAUCCAGAUACUCAUACAGUUCGUGGAUGAACGGCAGCGCAACAGCUUGCUUAUCAACGCGGCGUCCGAAGAAAAUGUCAACGGCCCAUUUUCUAAUUGCGGCGCUGAGAAAUGA